AUAUUAUUAUUGCUAUAGCUGCCAACCUCGCAUCGACUACAGUCAGACGUAACAAACACUGAGUGACACUUAGACAGGCUUAGAUAGAGAUCAAUGCUCGCCUGUUACCGAGUAGCCUCGAGAUGUCCAUGGCAACUCAGAUCGCUCUCGUUCCGAGUCGAUCGCAAGCGAUACACGACAUCGACAUCGGAAGAUACGAGCGGCGAAUCCGGAGUUUCGCAACAAGGUUUUGGUGAUGUUGCAGGAGACUUGCAGCGGAGAAGAAGAAGGGCAGACCAGAAGCGGCGGCAGCAUGGUGCGAGUUUCGUGGAUCAUACGGUGAUUACGGUUCGCGGAGGAAUCGGCGGGUCAGGCGCAGCGGCCUUUGUUCCAGUAAAGUCUACAUCUGUUGGACCACCUUCAGGCGGGAACGGUGGGAUGGGCGGUAACGUUUAUUUCACGACAUCGCCACACGUUACCAGCCUGGUCAGCGUACCUAAACGGAUCCGAGCUGCCAACGGGGCCAAUGGAUCGGGUUCAUAUCGACAUGGACGUAAUGGGGUGGAUACGAUUGUCCAGCUUCCUGUGGGGACCGUGAUCAAGGAGAUGCACCGGGAGACCGAGGAGGAACGGUUGAGGCGGGACGAAUUGGCUCUAGGGUUGGACGAAGAGACGUUAUUGUUGGAACGAAGGGCAAGGCUGUUCGUCAAACACCCGACUGGAGAGAUCAUGGACGAUGAUUACGACGAGGCCGAGAGGACCCUGUUCAAGGAAGGCAGGCUGACCAUGCCUACGAGGGAAGGGAUUUUACCUAAACGACGGCCCGAGACGUACACCCCGCUCGACUUGGAUGUGGAGAAGCCGCUCGAAAAGCCCGUGCUCGUCUCGGCCGGAGGACUGGGGGGACUUGGCAACCCGCACUUUUACAACUCCGCCAGUCCGCAUCGAGCACCGAGAUUAGCUUCGAGAGGACUUGCACCGCCGAUCAUCACGCUCGCCCUCGAGCUCAAAUUGCUGGCCGACGUCGGUUUGGUUGGGUUCCCCAACGCUGGCAAAAGCACCAUCCUACGUGCCUUGACGGGGAGGAGGGCAGAGGUGGCCGGGUACCAAUUUACUACCUUGAACCCCCAGGUCGGAGUUGUCCGGGUCAUGGAUGAUGGGACAUGGCAGGGCGGAUUAGCUGAGGGCGAGGUGGUGGAAGAGACGUGGAAAGAACGACAAGCCGAAGCCGAGGGGAUCGAGUCUGCUCAACCCCGCGUAUCGAGAAUUGAUAAGGGGGUCGAGGUCGUCAGGUUCACCAUGUCUGACAAUCCGGGUCUCUUGCCUCAAGCUUCGGAAAACUACGGCUUAGGUCAUUCAUUCCUGCGAUCGAUCGAAAGGUCAUUGGCGCUCGUCUACGUGUUGGAUCUGACGAGACCGAACCCGGAGCAAGAUCUCAUGGCGCUUCGGCACGAGCUCGAGGCUUACAAACCGGGUUUGUCCAGGAAAGGUCGACUGGUAAUACUGAACAAGGCGGACGAGGUGGACGAAGAACAAGGUAAAGAGAGGAGGGCUGCCGUGGAGACCGCUCUGGAACGGUUGAAGGAGGAGAAAGAGACUUUGGAUCUCGUCACCGUCAGUGGAAAGUACAACUUGGGGUUGAAAAAGGUGGUACAACGACUUGGGCGGUACGUGACCGAGGCGCGAGAGGCGGAAGAACAGGAGGACGAGAGGGACGUACAAGUGCAGAGCUCAGCCGAUGCAGCUACGUCGAAAAGUUUACCCGAGCCUGCAUCACCCGCCGAAUCUGCCUUUGACCCUCUGAACCCGGACGUCGAGGUCUCAUCCGAAGGUAUCCCUCUCAACCCUUCGCCCUUGCCAAACGAGAUCCUCUCCCCGCCUCGGGCGGACCUGUCCUCAGAGACUCUUGCCAGGCUGCACAAGCUUGCAGCGAUCGCUCCACCCGAAAGCGGGUCCGAGGAAGAGACCCGUUUGUUGGAUGGAUUGUCUCAUCUCGUUGGGCUCAUGGAUCAGGUCAAGUCUGUUCAGCUGGACAGCCAUCGCGACAAUGUUGAAGCGAAUGACAAACUCGACAAAGAAGCCAUCAGGGGUUUGCUGACCAGGGGGACUCGGGCAGUACCAGAGGACGUGUUUGACGGAGUAGACCGGGAGCGGACAGCGAGGGAAGAGGUCUCGGGUGAGACGGUAGUCGGGAAGGAUCUGCUCCAAUGGACCUAUCCUCGGCGGUCUUUCUGAUCACGUGAGAUGUUGUAAUCAGAGAUCGCAGACUAUAUCCCAUCACCUUUAUCACCAUAUCUGGAUUGGGCAAGUCAGGCAUGAUCAGGCAAGUCACCGUACCACCGCAUUGCCUUCGGUGAUCGGUGAUCGAGCGCGUCGCUUCCGAUCGAAACGCGUCAUUAAACGCGAACAUCGCGUCAUCGUCAUCAUUCCCCCGUGAUCCCGAUCGAUCGAGGGCACUAGCACUUGCGCACUUGCCCGAUCUCGAUUCCAGCUGGGGCAACCACCCUGCGGACCUUCAGCCGGUUCCGUUGUUUGUCUUGU